UAUAUGUAAUACAAAGUUUGAUUCAAUGUCAGAAGCCUCUGAUAUAAAUAGUGUUAUUUAGUCAACAGACAACAGUAAAGAGAGUUCUCUAUUUCGAUGACAAGAUGCGUUUGUGCUUCUUUUAUUACAAACAUAUGAGGAGAUGAAAGAAAAGUUCACUAAUGGGAAAUGUUCCCAUAAGAAAUGUUGGCAAUUAAUUUUUGAACUAUUGAAGAAAAAAAAAUACAAUGUUAUAGAAUUUCAGUGUGCCUCAAAAUUUAAAAGUUUGAAAAGAACCUAUAAAUCGAUUAAGGAUCAUAAUUCUAAAUCAGGAAAUAAUCGACGAACAUGGCAGCGUUUUGAGAUCAUGGAUAACAUGUUCUCGAAGAAAGUUUGGUGUAGACCUAUAGCACUUCCUUCAUCUACUGAUCAAUUAAUUAAAUUUAUUUAUUACUGCUCGUGUUUCUUUACCUGA